AUGGCUCAGCAAGCAAAGGUCCUGACCUCGUCGUCAUUCGGUCUCCGGCCGAUGUCGACCGAGGCUUCGACCAUCAAGCCGCUCCCCAGCGACGAGGCCAACGAUGUCGUCUUCGAGAGCAAGUACGGCCUGCGCACCGUCAUGCUCAACCGCCCCAAGAAGCUCAACUCGCUCAACGGCUCCAUGAUCCGCAAGAUCGUCCCUCGGCUCGUCGAGUGGGAAAAGUCGGACAUGGCUAACAUCGUCGUCAUGAAGGGCGCCGGCGAGAAGAGCCUGUGCGCCGGCGGCGACGUCGCCGCCCUGGCCAAGCUCAACCAGGAGAGCCCCGACGGCUGGAAGCAGUCGGCCGAGUACUUUGGCCUCGAAUACAAGCUCGACCACUACAUUGCGACGUACCAGAAGCCCUACAUUGCCUUCAUGGACGGCAUCACCAUGGGUGGCGGCGUUGGCCUCAGCAUCCACGCCCCCUUCCGGAUCGCGACUGAGAAGACCGUCUUUGCCAUGCCCGAGACGACCAUUGGCUUCUUCCCCGACGUCGGCGCGUCCUUUUUCCUGCCGAGAAUGAACGGUGCCGUCGGCACCUACCUGGCGCUGACGAGCGAGCGCCUGACCGGCCCCAACGUUUUCUACUCGGGCAUCGCCACGCACUACCUGCACUCGACCAGCCUGCCCGACCUGGAGGCCCGCCUCGCCGAGCUGCGCUUCCGCGAUGACGACCCGCUCCCGAAGCGCCUCGAGAUCAUCAACGACACGCUCGAGGAGUUCUGCACCGGCCUGCCCUACGACCAGCCCAUGCAGCUGAGCGGCGAGGUGCGCCGCGCCAUCGACCGCUGCUUCAGCAAGAACAAUGUCAAUGACAUCCUCACCGCCCUCAAGGCCGAGCGCGGCGAGACGGAGGAGUGGGCGCAGCGGCAGAUCGACACCCUGCACAAGCGCUCCCCGACGGCCGUGCACGUCACGCUCCGCCAGAUGCGCGUCGGCGGCAAGUGGGACAUGGCCGAGACAUUCAACAAGGAGCACCAGAUCGCCACCAAGUUCAUGCAGCACCACGACUUCACCGAAGGCGUCACCGCCCUGCUCGUCCGUAAGGAGAAGCCCCGGUGGCAGCCAGAGUCGCUCGAGGCCAUCCCCGCCAGCGAGAACCCAGCCAAGCCCUUCUUCGACUUUAGCAAGGACGCCAAGCUCGACCUCUUCACCGACCGCACCUACGCCGAGUACCCGUACGCCGCGCUCGGCGUCCCCUCGGAGAAGGAGGUUAAGGCUCUUGUCGCCGGCAAGGCGUACACGCCCGAGGAGCUGUCGCGGGAGCUGGUGGCGUCGCGCAAGGGCCGCCAGGGCAUUGCCGAUGUGGUCAAUGAGAUUAUCGCGCGGAAGACGACGGUUGACGGUGAGGGCAAGGUCAAGUGGGUGAGUGACGAGGCGGCCACGACGAGUAGGCUGUAG